AUGGCUCGGUACCUGAGGUAUUUCACCACCGUGGGCGACGAGCAGCCGGGCCAGUGGGAGGAGGAAGAGCUACAUGUGGCCAGCGAGGAGCUGAGUCCGGCCACGGGGCAGUUUCCAGCAACGCUGACCUUCCGGGAUGCCCUGAAGAGACUCUACACCUCUGAACGUUUCCAGGUGUUGGUGGUGUGUUUGGUCAUCCUGGACGCCAUCUUCGUCCUGGCGGAGCUGCUCAUAGAUCUCUCCGUCAUUAAGCUGGAACAUGGCCACAUCGCUCCAGAGGUGUUCCACUACCUCAGUUUGGCUGUUCUCACGUUCUUCAUGGUGGAGCUGGCCGGAAAGCUGUUCGCCUACCGCCUGGAGUUCUUCCAGCACAAGUUCGAGGUGUUUGACGGUUUGGUGGUGGUCGUGUCCUUCGUGCUGGACAUCGUCUUCAUCUUCCACGAGGACGCCUUCGACGGGAUGGGGCUCCUCAUCCUGCUGCGACUCUGGAGGGUGGCCAGGAUUAUUAACGGCAUCCUGGUGUCGGUAAAGACCCGAGCAGACCAGAGAAUCCACAAGCUGAAGGAGAGCUACGACCACCUGGUGGAGAGAGUCACGCAGCUGCAGGAACGCAGCGACAAACUGGCUCAAGAGAACCAGAAACUGCAGGAACUCCUGAAGCAGCACAACAUAGACUUCUAACCAUCAAGCCAACUGUUGUGGAACUACUGUUCACCCUCAUUCACAUCCUUUACUUUUCUGCACCAUUUUUUUAAACUGUCACUUUAUAUACUCGGUGAUAAACUUUUAUUUUACCCCCUGAUUUCAUUAUCCCACCCAUGGAGAGAUCAUCUUUUCUUUUUUUUGAAUUUGUAGAUCCACAUGCAGUUGUUGCUGUUUUUGUAGUCGGCAAUUAUCCAAUGAAUUCCAAAUACUUAGAAGCUACCUGAUGUCGUUCCAUGAAGUUUAACACACCUGUAAAUAUGUGAAAUCUUUCACAGACUCAUGAAUUGUACAUACAAAGGCAUUUACAUGUGCUUAAUGAGAUUUCAGAGUACUGUAUGUUGUGAGAAACAGAUUUAAGUAAAUGAUUGCAAAGAGUGAUACAUGUAUGAAAUAAAUAAAUGAUCUCAUUUAUUAAAUUGUACAAAAA